CCCAAUAAGGCGUGCCAGAAAUCAAAUUUACAGCGACUUAUUCAAGAGAAAUGUUGGUGUGUCGAUAGUUUACUGGUCGAAGGAAGACGAUGCUCGAUGAUGUCACUGAAAGAAGAUAUGUGUCGCCAGUUGAUGUAUUACUUCCAGAAGCGGGGAUUGUUAAUUGGUGACUGCAUGGACCCAUGCAACUACCUAGAAUAUAGCCAGGUUAUAUCCCAGGCACAAUGGCCUUCGAAUUCACACGCCGGAGGUAUGGUCAAAUUACUGGCACCAUUGAAUGACAAGGUUAGGGAGUUCGUAUUUGACGAGAAAUCAGCACGAGAUAACCUGGUGAGACUGGAAAUAUAUUAUGACGAAAUUAACUACCAGAAAAUAACUAAAUUGCCUGCCUAUACGAUCGAGCAACUACUCGGUGACAUCGGUGGCCUCUUGGGUCUCUACAUCGGACUGUCACUGAUUACAGUCAUCGAAUUCUUAGAGCUAAUCGUCACCAGUACACGUUUUAUGUGCACAAAAUUGUCUCGCAGGCGGAAGCAGAGAAAUAGGAAAGACGAUGUGCAAAUGAGGGAUCUGUCACAUGACGAAAUAGUGGCAACUAACACUAACCACACGAAGGCACAAGAAGGGGCAUUCCGAACUGGGGAACUGAGAUCGUUUUUUCCUGGUGUCAGAGUUUUGGCAUUAACAGCAACAGCAUCAAAAUGUCUGCAAAAUCAGAUUAAGGAAACUCUUGGUAUGGGCAUUGACAUGAAAUCAACAUACCAUGUACUUCACUAUGGGCCAUCAUUUGAUCUCGAGAGCUAUAUACAAGAAUCUGGCAGAGUUGGAAGAGAUGCUCUCGAACUGCCCCGACCAGUCAAUCCUUGUGACGAUGAAUAUUUCUACAGAGGCGAGGCUUUUGGUUGUAACCCGUGUACGAUAUGCAGAAACGCCGAGCAUAUGAAUGGAUGUGAACAAUGUUAUCUCAAGUGUGAUCCUGGUUGGUUUUUUCGCAAUAAGGACUAUGGUUGCCACCCAUGUAUUGUAUGUACGACGCCUGAUUAUCUACCUGGAUGUAAUGAAUGUGUUUUCUCAACGACUGAAUCAUUGCCAGUUGAAUUGAGUCUAACAACGUUAGCAGGGGAUAUUACAGUUGAUAGUCAUAUUGAUACAGACUCAUUGGUAGUGUCUACGCUAGCAGAUAACGUGAUGGUUAAUGAUAACAAUUUUCCUAAGAAAAGACAAGAAAUGUGGCUUGUAUCAGCCAUGAUUUUAGGUGCUACGUUCGUUACAUUAUGUGCACUCGUCGUGUGUAUGGUGUGGAAAAAAAUUCUUAAUAAUAUAAAGAAAAGGCGGCAUCGUCAACAAUACGACACUGAAGCAAUAUACAUGAAUGGGAAAUAUGAAACAAGAUUAACAACACCAGUCAAAUAUGCCGACCACCUCACACGUUUUGGACAAGAUUUACCACACCAGCCUGUCCAAGAAACCUGUUUGUGA